AUGACGCAGACCGUGAGAAGCACUACUUCACAGCUAUUGGUCGUCGGCAUUUGGAUCAUUGGCAUUUCUGUGGUUGAAGCCUUUGCUUUGGAGAAUUCAAUCAACAGGAACCGGCACACAUUGUCUGUGGCGAAGCCAACGCAGCCAACAACACCAAGUGACAAACCGGCAGAGAGUAUUGUGCGGUACGACCUUGGCAUUGGCAAGAACCCACCUUUCAGCGGCUCAAUUGGUGCGGUAUUACAAAGCCAAGAACCAUCCGAUAUCUAUGACGCCUGUCAAUAUCUAAUAGAGCAUGAAGCCGUGAGGGACAUUCCGAAUCCAACAAAUACUCCUCGGGAACAAUAUGGGGCUCAACCGGAAAGCAACCAACGGCCAAAGACCUCAAAUCGUAUUGUGAACAAGCCCAAGAUUAUCUAUCCAAAGCGCUCAGAGAGCGUUCUGUUCACGAGCGAUAGAUCACUUCGGGCGAAAAAGUCCUUGAGAAGGGCCAAUAGGACCAUCAAACCAGCUUCAGUGGUUGGUAUGACGGACAGCAAUGACGAGCUUGACAUCAACACGGUUUGGGUGGAAAUGCUCGUACACAGUGAGCAGUCGAGAGUUGCAUAUUCUGCUACUAGCUAG